CCUCCGUCUCUCCGCUCGAGUCACUUUGACUGACAGAGCCUCUCGGCUCCAGACUCCAGCGCGAGGCGGCAGGAGACACCGACCGGGACGCUGCGACCGGAGAUCUAUAAACGCACGACCCGCCGCACGGAGCGGACUCCGCAGAGGACCCGCCCCGCACGCACAGGUGAGCGGAAGACCGGCUCCACCAGGUGCGACUAGGUCCGCAUCGUGUUCUUACGCACGGGGACUCUCGGGGAGAGUUAUGGCUCUCGGGGGGGCACCGGGACUCUGAGCGCCCCUCAGUCCGAGCAACCGGACUAACUGGACGCCGACUGGUUCACAACUUCAGCAUCUCCCUCCUCCGCGCGGCUCCAGGACCCAUCAUGUUCCACCACAGCAGCGGCAAGAAAUGCUUCUCCAUCGAGUCCCUGGUCGGGAAGGAGGCGAGCAGCCGCGGCCCCGGAAGCACCGGAGGCGCCGGCUCCGGGGAAGAACCCAUCCGGCCCACGGCGCUCCGGUUCUCGGAGUCCCUGCACCCCGCCGCCUCCGGGGUCUUUGGCUCCUGCUUCCAGGGGAGCGGCGGGAGGACUUUGUACUCGACCGGGCCAGACGUGGUGCUCCAGGAGCCCGGGGCGCACGGCCACGGCGGCCUGCCGCUGCACCCGCUGCAGCUCCCCCCGCAGGGCUUCUUCAGCCCGCAGCACCGGGAGGCGCUGGGCUUCUACCGGGUGCUGCGGAGCCGGUACCUGGGCCACCGCUUCCAAGGAGAGGACAGCAGUCCUGAGAACCUGCUGCUCCAUGGCCCGUUCUCCAGGAAACCCAAACGGAUCCGGACGGCCUUCUCGCCGUCCCAGCUGCUCCGACUGGAGCGAGCCUUCGAGAAGAACCACUACGUGGUCGGAGCGGAGAGGAAGCAGCUGGCCAGCGCGCUGUGUUUGACGGAGACGCAGGUGAAGGUCUGGUUUCAGAACCGCAGGACGAAGCACAAGCGUCAGAAGCUGGAGGAGGAGUCUCCUGAAGCUCAGCAGAAGAGGAAGGGAAGCCAGCACAUCAACCGCUGGAGAGCAGCCACGCAGCAGCCGGGGGGCGGUGGGGGGGAGGACGUGGACGUCCUCAGUGAGGACUAGAGACUCACACGCACACAGACACACACACAGAUACACACGCCCAAUGACACACCUUUAGAGAACUCAUGUGAACAGGAUUAGCUCAUUCAGCAAAUCGGGUCCAAAUAACGGAUUCAACUACAGCUGACAUUCAUGAGCCUUUCAGAGGAAAACAUUUCAUUUAAAGACACUGAACGCACCACGAGGCCACCUUUAGACCCCCCCCCACACACACACACACACACACCGGCAUCAACACACCACACAAACGGGACUCACCUUCCCUGGAACUGACGGAUGUCCCUGAAGGCAUCACACUCUUGCAAACAGCAGGAGGUCCAAACUGUCCCGUUAAAGACGUCACUGAAACUCUGGAGAGGAUCUAAACAAUGACGCCUCGUACUUUCCUUUCCUCUCGAGGAGGAACCGGAGUCGCAGCUGCUGACUUUUUGGUGCCAAACGAAGCCAGCAUUGCUCAAAUAAAAUAGAAAUAAAGUGAGAGGAGAAGCUGGUUUCUGAGCUUCUGUUCGCAGCAGACGGCGAGAAAAUCUGCUCGGCCGAGAAAGACGAGUCUGAAGGAGGAGAGCGAGAAGAAUUCCCCUCAAACACAUCGACUGGGUAGAAAAGCAAAGCUUUGUGGUCGCGGCCCGCUGACUCACAACCAGGAGGUUUUGCACCCUGAAAAACGUCCUCUGAGUUUGAGGCAGAAGUGCUGCGGGCGGUCUGGAUCAUGUGAUCACAUCUAAUAUGAUUUACAUCCUCACAAAUAACCCCACAUACUCUAACGUCCAUUAAUACAUUUUAAAAAGGCUACUCAGCAACAGCGCUAGUUAGUGUUAGCAUUUAGCCUGCCAGCUGUUAGCUAGCUCACUUACUUCCUCCCACGAGACGCGCACAUGAAUCUCGAUGUGCAUUUAAUUAUAAUUACACCAGAAUGAAGAAGAAUUGGUACCAAAUAUUAAAUGGAACUUGUUUGAAUCCAACAGCAGUUUAGUCGAACUAAUUGUCUAAUUUAAAUGCUAAGAGAUCUUUAGUAAGAGCGGCCAUGUUGUUACAGAGGAAAGGAUUGCUUACAUUUAUUAAACAUUUAACGUUGAGUGCAGACAUCUAAUAUUGGCAUUCAUCCUUUUUCAGGUUCUAAACGCUUUACAAGUUUUAAAAAAAGCCAGAUUUUACAGUUAAGCAACAAAACAAAAGGAACGUUACAAAAGAUGUAGAAGAAACCUCAUGUCCGUCUGUUAAUGUGGUCCCACUUCCUGUUUGUGGCUCUGCUCCGAGCUCAUUGGUCACUGUAGUUUUUAUAAAAAACAGGAGGAAUAAUACAUUUUUUGGGGACUAUUUUCAGCAGUGGGUUGAUCUACAUUUAAGCCUUUUUUCACUUGAGUUUGCUGGCAAAAAGCUAAAUAUAAAAGACUCCUGCAGGAGCCUUACAGCGGCUGCCCUGCUCAGCGGCACUGCGGCAGAACCAGAAACCAGCAGAUCCAGGAGCCGCUUGAACGUUUCCUUCUGCUGGGUCAUUGUUUUCUCUUUGGUUGUGUUUUUGGACUUUUUGGAAGAAUGUAGGUAUUUAUGUGAAAUUCUAUGCAUCUGUUGUGUACAUAAUAAUAAUAAUGACGAUGACGAUGAUGAUGAUGAUGAUAAUAAUGUGUGGACUGUUUGUUUUGCCCACUGCGUCCGUUCAUCUGUCUGUUUCUUCUUCACGGACAGAUUUGCCUCAUCAUCUUAUGUAGCACUUCUUCUUAGUCAAAUCUAUUUUUUCAUCGUUUUAGGAUGGAAGGCACUAACUGUACGGCGUUUCCUCUCACACAGACAACAGGCGCUUUGUUCUUCCUGUGUUCAUGUUGGAAACAAAUAAACUGAGAUGAAAUCAAA